AUGACCACCAAAACUAUUACAGUCGUCGGUGCUACUGGCACUCAAGGUGGUUCAGUUGCCAGGACCUUUUUGAGUCUUCCAAAUUGGCACGUUCGCGCUCUCACCCGUCGAUCAACCUCCCCCAAGGCUCAAGCUCUAAAAGACCUUGGAGCCGAGAUUGUGGAAGCCGACAUGGACGAUGCCGAGUCUUUGGUAAAAGCCUUUGACGGCGCCCAUGCAAUCUUUGCCAACACCGACUUCUGGGCUCCUUACACAACUGCUCUCGCCGAAGGGAAAGACCAGGCUACCAGUCAACAGAUCGGCUAUGACACCGAACACCGACACGUCAAGAACGCUGCCUAUGCUGCAUCCAAGACUGAUACUCUCGAAAAGUACAUUUACUCUGCUCUUGGACCCAUGAAGGAGGUAUCCAAGGGUAAAUAUCCUCACUGUCAUCAUUGGGAGACCAAGGCUGCCGCUGUCAAGUACAUUGAGCAAGAGAUGCCUGAACUGGCCAAGAAGACAUCAUACAUCUACAUCGGAGCUUACGCUACCAACGCUUUCCUAUACCCAAAGAAGGAUUCUAAGACUGGCGAAUACGUUUUGGAUCUUCCUGCAUCCAAGAAUCUGAGAUUUCCCAUCAUCGACACCGCCAAUUCAACUGGCCCGUUUGUCCAAGCUCUGGUUGAAGACGAGCCCGUUAGAACAAAACUUUUGGCCUAUGAUAGCGAACUCUCCAUGAGCGAGGCAGUGGACAUCUGGACCAAGGUGACAGGGAAGAAGGGUGUUAUCAACAGCAUGUCCGAGAAAGACAUGCAUCAGAAAACAGGUCUACCGUACGAAGUUUUAGACGGAGCUGCUUACUUGGACGAGUAUGGAUACACUGACGGGAUUGAAGGUGUCAUCAUGCCUGAACAGUUGAAGAAGCCUGUCAAGACGGAUAACUUUGAGGAGUAUCUCAGGAAGCAGGACCCUGAAGCUCUGCUGUCGUUCCAGUAUGGUCUUCCUGAGCCUCCAGCGAAGAAGUAA